AUUUAACAUACACACGAUACGAGUAGUAUUUGUGGCUGGCAUCAUGGCAGGUAUUGCGUUCGAAGGAGAGAUAGGUAGCGUAACGGCACGGCAAAAAGAAUUUAUAGCUGGAGUGUUAAAUAAAAGAAGACUUAAAGCAAAUAAAGUGCGUAUUGAAACUCUGGGAAAAGCUGGCGAUAACUAUGCUGCUAAUGUUAAGAAGAUUACAGCAGAAUUAGAAGGUGGGGAAACGUUUAAAAUGGUAGCUAAAAUUGCACCCACAAAUGAAGUACUAAGAGCUACAAUGGCCGCUGAUAUAACUUUUGCAAACGAAUGUUUAAUGUAUAGUAAAGUACUACCCAGACUUGUUGAUUUACAACGUGCAGCUGGUUUGUCAAAAGCAGAAUUAUUCCCUUUCCCUGAAUGUUACGGAGUCCUUAUGGAACCUCCAAGUGAAAUUAUACUUUUGGAAGAUUUGAAGGAUUCUAAUUUUGAAAUGCUAGAUCGUUUUACACCAUUGACUAAUGAAAGUGUUAAACAGAUAAUUAAAAAGUUUGCGAUACUACAUUCCUUAUCGUUUGUGUUAAAGAAAAAAGAACCAGACACAUUCGAAACCUAUGCCGAAAAGCUGAUAGAUCUUUCAUCGAUGAUGUUUGGAAAUCCUGACUUCCAAAAAUUUGGAGUUAAUGUUGAGAACGAAACAAUUUCAAUAUUGGAUAACGAUGUAUACAAAAAAGCGGUACGCGGCAGUUUAUCUCAAAUAUGGAAGCACGGCAUAAAGAUUUUUAAAAAUCAACGUAAUAUUAGAUAUUCCGUUAUAACGCAUGGGGAUGGAUGGACCAACAAUAUAAUGUUCCGAUUGAAGGAAUCCAUUCCAGUGGAUGCUAUUUUGAUCGACUACCAGAUGUCAAAGGUCGGAAGCCCCGUGUGUGACCUUCAAUAUAUGAUAUUCAUUUGUACAGAUUAUAAAACACGGCACCAACAUUUUUACGAGUGGAUAGACCUUUAUCACUCCGAAUUGGACAAAUCUUUGGCCAAUUUCGGGUUGAAAGUCAACUAUGUCUAUCCCAGGGACCAACUCGAUGCUGAUUUACGAAGACAUUCAAAAUUUUUCUUCUCCUCAGCAAUUUUACUAUGUUCUGUGUUAAUACAAAAACCAGAAAAUGCAGCUAAAAUGAGAGAGGCAAUGGAAAAUGUUGCAGAAGCAAAAGAUGUAGCUGAAGCUUUGCUACACAUGACAAAUCUAGAUUCAGAUUCUGUUCAAUUGUAUAAAAGGAAGAUUGAAGAUUUGGUUGAUAGCUACCGUGAGCUGGGUUACCUUGAGUAACUGCUACUGAUAUAAACGUACAUCAG